UCGGUGGUCACGUGAGUUGAGCUAGCCCACCCUAUCCUCCCUGGUUCAGCUCAAAUAAAUUGGAGACAGGUUAAAUAGGGUUUAAAUGGAUAAAAGAAGGCACACUGUAACCAGACUUUCUCCCCUAACGUUAAGCUUGCGCCAUCACCAAUGAUUCUGUUUUCGUUUGUCCCAUUUCUUUGGGCUGUAUCUGCAAAAGCAGACUUCUUUCAAUUUGACAGCAUCUCUAACGCUUCUACGUACUAUUUCAAUUAUAUUUAUUGUAAUGUAUGGGACGGGGAGUGUCAGCCAAAUCAAGAAGAUGCUACCCAGCAAGUUCCUUCGAGGGACCUUUGGGCAGGAUUUCCCCAAGAAUACGUCAACGUGGUACAUCAGUGGUACUGUAGCCUGGGCCAGUGCUGUGACACUGGCGACUGCAGGAUCACCAACAAUAUGACAGGCUUGGCCAGGGACCUACAGAUGAAGCUCCACGGGCAGCACCUGGUUCAGUCCGUGGUUCUGAAGGCCAUCCAGGGCUUUACCAACAACCCAGAGUCUAACAAGCCUCUCACCCUCUCCUUCCACGGCUGGUCGGGCACGGGCAAGAACUUUGUGGCCCGGAUCGUGGCUGAUAACUUAUACCGGGAGGGGGUGAAAAGCGAAUGUGUUCGCUUGUUCAUCACCCCCUUUCACUUCCCUCACGCCAGGCUGGUAGACACGUACAAGGGCCAGCUCCGAGAGGCGAUCCGGGACAUGGUCCUAAGGUGCCCUCAGACUCUCUUCAUCUUCGACGAGGCGGAGAAGCUCCACCCUGGUCUCAUCGACGCCAUCAAGCCCUAUCUGGACCACUACGACAACGUGGACGGGGUCAGCUACCGAAGAGCAGUCUUCCUCUUCCUCAGUAAUAUCGGAGGGGCCACGAUAAACGACGUAGCGUUGGACUUCUGGCACUCAGGUCAGAACAGAGAGGACAUCGGCAUGGAGGACCUGGAGCACCGGCUACGGGCUGAGACAGUAGACUCUCAGGGUGGGUUUUCUCAGAGUGAGCUCAUGUCCGGCCACCUGAUAGACUUCUUCGUGCCCUUCCUGCCCCUGGAGUAUCGCCACAUCAAGCUGUGUGCGCGAGACGCUUUCGCCGCACGAGGCCUGGAGCCGGAGGAUGCAACGCUAGACGAGGUGGCCAAGGCCAUGCUCUACGUCCCCAAAGAGGAGAGGCUGUUCUCAGCACAGGGCUGCAAAUCUAUACCCCAGCGGAUCAACUUCUUCCUCCCAUAGAGGGAGAGAGAGAUGGAGAGAGAGAGAUGGAGAGAGAGAGAGAGAGAGAGAGAGAGAGAGAGAGAGAGAGAGAGAGAGAGAGAGAGAGGGGGGGAGAGAGACCUUGAGGAUGUCAGAGAUCGUUUAGCCAGCAUGUCUGCAUAUUGAGCAACAGUCGAGCUGUCAUCUCUGUCUCGCAGAAAGCCCCUCCUCCACACCCACCCACUCCCCAAACCACUAAUCCCCUAACCGUCACUCCUCCAGAAGCCUCCUGGUGUCUCAACGAAGGGCCGGUGAGCAGGAUCAUUCAGGAAAGACAGUGUCGCCCCCUGCAGACAUGGACAAUGUUGCUGAGCAACAGGUCUUCGUGUGCAGUGUGGUUGCGUGUCGGCGGUGGCCUGUAGCAAAUCUAUACACAGCCACCAAGACAGGAACAAGAAGAGAAAAGGCACUGACAGGGUUAUGCCGCGUUUCCACUGCAGGGUGCGGUACGGUACGCCUCAGUCCGGUAGGGAGGGGGCGGUAUAGCCCAGCUCAGUUCCGAGGUCGCGUUUCCACCGCCGACAGUACCCUUUAUGGUAGGCCGGAUGUCGAUCGCCGCGGCAGCUACGUAAACAUUGUGACAUAUUAGCAGCGCGACACAGUGUAGCCUGCUCAAUAAAAACUCUGCACGUCUUCCUCCCCAAGAAUGCAGAGGAACGUCUCCACCUCCUUGUUCGCCCAAGCAAGCGUUUUACGCGACAUGUUCAUUGUAAAGAAUAAUACCUCGAGGGUACUGUUUGUUUGUUUUUAUCCCCACGUCGCCCGGAAGUGACGAUUCUGUCGACCAAUCAACGGAGGGGGUGUGUAGCUCGAAUUCUCCGGCACCCUUUCAGGCGUCUCAGUACCCCAACGGAGGAGCACUGAAGACGGGGGCAAAACGAGUACGGCUCAGUCCGGGUCACGCCCACUUUUGGCGGUGGAAACGCAAUCCGUACCGCACCUUUGCGAACCGAACCGUACCGAACCUUGCAGUGGAAACGCGCCAUUACUGCCAAUCGGGGAAGACAAUGGAAGAUGUCUAUGGUUAUUUUGAUACGUCACACUGUUUUUCUUUUCCCACACUUAGACGUAUUUAUGUAUUUAAGUUUACAUUGGACUCAAACGCUGUUUAGUCCUUGCCCGUCAGGAUUUGUGCAUGUUUUAUAUUGAUUGUCUAUGUGCUAACAACCCUAUUUGGAGCUACCAAUACAUUUGCUUUUAAUGUUACCUUCCAUAAUGGGUUUCCUUUCAUCACAAGCAUUUUGUGUUGCAUAUUUCAGUUGUGUAUUAGACGGUUUGUUGGUUAAUAUAAUGAAUGGAUCUAGGAUGUAUUGUGUGAUACAAAGUUACAUGGCCUGUCGGACAUGACAUUCUUACUCUUGAGAAAAAAGAAAAGAUCUAUAUGGAAAUCA